GUUAUCUGCUGCGCAAAUCCGCAUUGAUACCUGUUACCGUAAGCAGUAGGAAGCACACAGUUCUGUUGUAGGAAGUACUGCGCGAGCUUUAUCCGUCCUGCCGCCGUGUAUUCUGGGACCAGUAAGCAAAUGCAAGAUGGGGAGCAAGCGGCUGUGCAAGGAACUUGAAGAUAUCCGGAAGUCUGACAUGAAAAAUUUCCGUAACAUCCAAGUUGAGGAAACAAAUCUUCUUUGUUGGCAAGCGCUCAUCGUCCCUGAUAAUGCCCCGUACGACAAAGGAGCGUUCCGGAUCGAGAUCGUGUUCCCCACCGAGUACCCCUUCAAGCCCCCCAGGAUCAUAUUUAAAACCAAGAUCUACCACCCCAACAUCGAUGAGAAAGGCCAGGUCUGCCUGCCAAUUCUGAACGCUGAGAACUGGAAGCCUGCUACAAAAACAGUGCAAGUAAUCCAGGCCCUCAUCGCUCUGGUGAACGACCCGCAGCCAGAGCACCCUCUGAGGGCCGACCUGGCCGAGGAGUACUCCAAGGACCGGAAAAAAUUCUUUAAGAACGCAGAAGAGUUUACAAAGAAACAUGGUGAAAGGCGACCGACGGACUGAUAAUGGAGCCUCGCCCUCCCCGUGUCCCGUACCCGUCUGUCUGUCCCUCCAUCAUUCCACCGGUCCUCACACUGACACUCUCUCUCUCACGUGUCCCAUACCCGUCUGUCUCUCCCUGUAGCCUCCAUCAUUCCACCGGUCCUCACACACACACACACACACACACACACCCUGUCUCUCCCUGUAGCCUCCAUCAUUCCACCGGUCCUCACACACUCACAUACACACACACACACACACCCUGUCUCUCCCUGUAGCCUCCAUCAUUCCACCGGUCCUCACACACACACACACACACACACACACACACACCCUGUCUCUCCCUGUAGCCUCCAUCAUUCCACCGGUCCUCACACUGACACUCUCUCUCACACACACACACACACACCCUGUCUCUUUCUCUCAGCGCAGGACUCUGCAAAGCAAAGUUCUUCACCUCUGGGUGUUAGCUUGAGGCUCUUAUGAACUUUCUGUUUUCUUAAAUUAAAAAAAAGGACAUAACAGGAUUAAAGAAAUCAAUAUAUAAAAAUACAGAGCUCAAAUCAAAAGGAAAAAUGGUAAAAAGUACCGUGAAUUCCACUCUGUUUAAAAAAGAAAAAUCACUGGUCGAGUGUAGUACACUUCCAUUGCAGACACUUUUUGUUUUUUGAGUGUUUUCAAGACAAUAUACUAUGCCUUUCAGGAGGUAAUGUUGUUCAUUCCCUUUUCUUUUGUCUUUAAUGUGAUUUCUCUUCUAAAGAAAACAUGUAUUUGUAAAAAAAUAAAUAAAAAAGUAAAGUAAA